UUACUUGUUCCAGGUCAAAAACUCAUUCCAACGCAUAAAGAUUAUAAAGAUUCGUUGAUUCCAAUAUUAUUAAUUCAACGAGAUAAAUUUCCAUGUCAAUCGGAAAUUUUGAUCCCCCAAAUGAUGUCCGAGUUCCAAGCAAUUUCACUGUUCCGGCCGGAAAU